AAAUUAUUUUUGAAUGUUUCAGCUUCACUGUUUUCUAACUUCAUAUAGUUUUAGAACUCAGAAUAUAGAGAUUUGACCUUUGAACAUCUUUUCCAAUUUUUUAAUUUUUCAUGCAACUGCAAGUUUCCUAAGUAGUCUUCUUCUUCUUUCUUUUAAACAAAUGCAACACUAGAAAGCAAUUUCCCCUUAUCGUGCGUGAUCUUGUUUAAUUAGUCACAAUAUUUUAAUGUGUGUGUGAAAUUCAGCUGUACAAAGCUCAUGUGUGUGUGCCGUAUUUAAUGGAUCACUAACUUGGAGCUCAAAAAGUAUCUCACUGUCACAUGCUCAUUUCUUUCAAUGCGUGUAGAUGAAUACUUCUACUUCUACGAGGACUGUUGCACAUGACACCAGUUUAUGAAGAGGUGAAUGAAUAUUCGCCCCAAAUUACAGAUCUUCUUAAACCUGCAACUCAGCUAUUGAAGGUGAUCUUGUUCAAGUGUAUUGGUUCUGCAACUUCCUUUCUGUAUCUAUAAUUAUCCUGCAUUUCUCACUAAAAUCUUCUUUGGCAACAGAAGCCUGACAGCCACAUUUAAUCAUGAUCAACUUAAAGUUAGGGGUAGAUGUGGUGAGUGCUCACAAUCUACUACCUAAAGAUGGACAAGGUUCUUCUAGUGCCUUUGUGGAACUUUACUUUGAUGGCCAGAAGUUCCGUACCACCAUCAAAGAAAGGGAUCUUAACCCUGUUUGGAAUGAGAGCUUCUACUUCAACAUAUCUGAUCCUUCAAAUCUUCACUACCUCACUCUUGAGGCCUAUGUCCACUGCCAUUCCAGAGCAACUAACUCAAGUUCAUUUCUAGGCAAGGUUAGCCUCACAGGAACAUCCUUUGUCCCUCACUCUGAUGCAGUUGUCCUGCACUUUCCAUUGGAAAAGCGCGGCAUCUUCUCUCGUGUAAGAGGAGAGAUUGGCCUUAAAGUUUACAUCACUGAUAAUCCAACCAUAAAAUCCUCAAUUCCAACUCCUACUGAUAAUCCCAGCUCAACUAAUGCAGAUGUUCAUGCACCAGCAAAUUUAUCUAAUGAAAGAGCUGACUCAAGACGACACACGUUUAAUCAUCUCCCCAACACAAACCAUCAACAACACGAACACCGACACCAACACCAUCCCCCUCCUACCUUUGCAGAUACUCACUAUGUCACAAAGUAUGAAGCUGAUGAAAUGAAAUCUGAUCAACCACAGCCUAUGAAGCUAGUACGCAUGCACUCUGCUGCUUCAGCACAGCCAGUUGAUUAUGCACUCAAAGAAACAAGCCCGUUUCUUGGAGGGGGAAGAGUUGUGGGGGGCCGAGUUAUUCAUAAAGACAAAACUUCGAGCACAUAUGAUCUCGUGGAAAGGAUGUAUUUUCUGUAUGUGAGGGUUGUUAAGGCUCGCGAGCUUCCUGCUAUGGAUCUUACCGGGAGUCUUGAUCCAUUUGUUGAGGUGAGAAUAGGCAACUACAGAGGUAUCACAAGACACUUUGAUAAGAAUCAGCAUCCUGAGUGGAAUCAAGUGUUUGCAUUUUCAAAAGAGCGGAUGCAAGCAUCUGUACUAGAAGUUGUGAUCAAGGACAAGGAUCUCAUCAAAGAUGAUUUUGUAGGCAUUGUGAGGUUUGACAUCAAUGAGGUUCCUCUGAGAGUGCCACCGGAUAGUCCUUUGGCGCCAGAGUGGUACCGCCUCAUUGAUAAAAAGGGGGAGAAGGUUAAAGGUGAGCUGAUGCUAGCUGUGUGGCUUGGAACUCAAGCAGAUGAGGCAUUUUCUGAUGCUUGGCAUUCAGAUGCAGCCACACCUGUUGACAGCUCCCCUGCUACCUCCACAGCGAUCCGAUCAAAGGUCUACCACGCGCCAAGGUUGUGGUACGUGCGUGUCAAUGUUGUGGAGGCGCAGGACCUGGUUCCAACAGAGAAAAACCGUUUCCCUGAUGUGUAUGUGAAGGUGCAGAUAGGAAACCAAGUGCUGAAAACAAAGACAGUUCCAGCCAGAACUCUAAGCGCGCAGUGGAAUGAGGAUCUUUUGUUUGUUGCUGCUGAACCUUUUGAUGAUCAUUUAGUCCUUACAGUCGAAGACCGGGUUGGUCCUGGAAAAGAUGAGAUCACAGGGAGGGUGAUCAUUCCACUGAACGCUGUGGAGAGGCGUGCUGAUGACAGAAUCAUUCACUCGCGGUGGUUCAACCUGGAAAAGCCAGUUGCAGUGGAUGUUGAUCAGUUGAAGAAAGAAAAAUUCUCCAGCAGAAUUCAGCUCCGGCUAUGCCUAGACGGAGGAUAUCAUGUUCUUGAUGAGUCUACUCAUUACAGCAGCGAUCUUCGCCCCACAGCAAAACAGUUAUGGAAGCCGCCAAUCGGGGUUUUAGAACUUGGAGUGCUGAAUGCCAUAGGACUCCACCCCAUGAAAACAAGGGAUAGCAGAGGAACUUCUGACACUUACUGUGUAGCAAAAUAUGGUCACAAAUGGGUGAGAACAAGGACCAUUGUUGAUAAUUUGAAUCCAAAAUACAAUGAGCAAUACACUUGGGAGGUGUUUGAUCAAUCCACAGUCCUCACUAUAGGUGUAUUUGACAACUCCCAGAUUAGUGAAAAGGGUACUUCAAAAGACUUGAAAAUUGGGAAGGUCAGAAUACGAAUCUCAACUCUUGAAACAGGUAGAAUUUACACGCACUCAUAUCCACUACUUGUUCUUCAUCCAACCGGGGUUAAGAAGAUGGGUGAACUGCACUUAGCAAUAAGAUUCUCAUGCACUUCAUUUGCCAACAUGCUUUACCAGUACUCACGACCACUGCUUCCCAAAAUGCACUAUGUGAGACCGUUCUCAGUGACGCAGCUUGACAUGCUGCGUCACCAAGCGGUCAACAUAGUGGCGGCCAGGCUUGGCCGAGCAGAGCCGCCACUUAGGAAGGAGGUGGUGGAGUACAUGUCUGACGUGGACUCUCACCUCUGGAGCAUGCGUCGGAGCAAGGCGAAUUUCUUUAGGCUGAUGACAGUUUUCUCUGGUGUGUUUGCGGUUAUGAGGUGGUUGGGAGAUAUCUGCAUGUGGAUAAAUCCUGUCACCACAGUGCUUGUUCAUCUUCUGUUCCUGAUGCUAGUUUGCUUCCCGGAACUGAUUCUUCCUACACUUUUUCUCUACCUGUUCUUGAUUGGUGUGUGGAACUUCAGGUACCGGCCGAGAUACCCUCCUCACAUGAACACUAGAAUCUCACAGGCAGAAGCAGUGCACCCGGAUGAGCUUGAUGAGGAGUUUGAUACUUUUCCGACGAGCCGGAACCCUGACCUUGUGAGAAUGAGGUAUGACCGGUUGAGGAGCGUAGCUGGGAGGAUACAAACGGUGGUUGGGGAUUUGGCAAGUCAGGGGGAGAGGAUUCAGGCAAUGUUGAGCUGGAGAGACCCUCGUGCUUCGGCUAUCUUCAUUACCUUCUGUCUCCUAUCUGCUUUGGUGCUUUAUGUUACUCCUUUUCAAGUAGUGGCGGGUUUAGCUGGGUUCUACGCCAUGAGGCAUCCAAGAUUUCGCUACCGGCUCCCUUCUGCACCCAUCAACUUCUACCGUCGCCUGCCUGCAAGAACUGACAGCAUGUUAUAGGAUUCUUGCUUCUUAUGUAGUAGCAUGUUUGGAUCUGCUUCUCUUGCAUAAGAAUUAAUUCUGGCAUCAAUAAACUACUCAUAGAAGCCUAUCUCUAGAUUGAUUUAGACAUUAGAAUCAAUUGCAGAAGAAUUUUCAAACAUGAUCUAAGUGAUGUUUCUAUUAUGUAUUUUAUCAUUUGUAUAACUUUCCAGAAAUUCUCAAGCAGGGUAGGGGGAGGAGUUCUAAUUUGUAUGGGGAUUAUACUUA